AUGUCUGGUAUUCGUAAAGAAUUAGUUAAUGCAGCAAAAAAUGAAAAUCCUGAAGCAAUAAGAUUAUUGACUAAACUUUAUGAUACGGAUAAAAUAUUUCUUAAUGAAGGAACAAAAAGAAUUUCAAAAUUUUCAAAUUGGACAUCUGGAAAUGAUAAUAUUUAUAAUUUAAUACAAGAAUGUCAGAUGAAAGAAAUAGUCUCAAAUCUAAUACCAGAAUGGAUUCCUUACAAUAAUUUUCAAAAUAUUGAAUAUCUAACAAAAGGUGGUUGCUCUGAGAUUUAUACAGCAAAAUGGAUCAAUGGAAGUUACGAUGAAUGGGAUUCUAAAGAACAGCAAAUAAAAAGACUUGAAAAUAUUAGUGAUUUUGGAUUUUGUGGACCUGCAGAUAAACCAUUAAAAAGUAUAUACGGAAAUCUUCUUUAUAUAGCACCUGAGGUUAUUAUUGGAAAAGAACAGACUUUCAAAUUUGAUAUUCAUAGUAUUGCAAUGUUUAUGUUGGAAAUUUCUUCUGGGCAACCACCAUUUACUAAUUAUGAACAUAAUUAUGAUCUUGCCAUGAAUAUUGUUAAUGGCAUAAGACCAAAAAUUGUAUCAAGAACUCCUUUAGAAUAUAAAAAUUUAAUGAAACAAUUAAAUCAAACCAAUCAGAAAAAAAAUAAUAAUAAUUUAGAAAUAAAUAAAAUAAAUAGUAAUAUCAAUAGUCUAAAAAAUUAUACGAAUAGUACAAGUAAAGUUUAUCAAUUUGAAAAUUUUUCUGAACCAAGAAAUGCAACGGAAGUAUUGAAAUUAGUUCUAUUAUUACAAAAUUUAGGACAAAUUCUUCCUUUUAAAUUAGAAUACCUAUACUUGCAACUUUUUUAA